GCUUUCUGUGCCGUCAACCUGGAAAGGAACUUAGCCAGAGGAUCCGCUAGCCCAGCAGCUCUGGAGAAGAGCUGGCUCAACCGGCGGGAGCGUCAGGGCAUCGCAUGUGCUUAACUUGAUAUGGUGCUUCAAGUGGGCAGUCUGCAUUACGUGGACGCGGCUAUAAAGAGUGCCACUCUGCCUGGUCACCGAUGCAUGAAGUCGACAGCGGACACACCAACAAGCCAAACGGAAAGCAAUCGUCAUAUUACACGACCUACCUACAAAAUUAAGACACAAGCCGCGCAGAAUCGCAAUGUCGCCCACGCGAGAGCAGAUCCUGGAGACUGCAAAGCUCUUCCUACAGUCUUUCAACGAAUUCAGCGAAGUGGAAAUCGUGCGCUACUGUAGUCCCAACUGCAGGAUCCGCCUCCUCCCCGCGAGCCUGAAGCAGCCGGUACAGGGUCCGCCCUACCUAUCAGCGAUGGUGAAGAUGAUACAGGCCCAAGCCUCGGCAUUCCGGCUCUCCAUCAUCGAGGGAGAGGAACCGGCCGUCGACGUCGUCACGCGCAAGGUGACGAUGCACCUCGAGUCGUACUCGGAGAUGAAAGCCGGCGUGUACCAGAACGAGUACAUCUGGAUCGUGACGGUCAGCGAAGACGGCAAGACGGUCGAUGAUCUGAUCGAGUUCGCCGACAGCGCGUACACUGCCGAAUGGCUGCCUAAGAUUCUGGCCGCUGCCCAACCGGCACCGCAGGCUUAGGACGAGGAAGAUUGGUUUGGAAGCGCGGGAUCAGGACGGGUUAGGUGCUUAAGGAUGCGUGGAAAGGGAGCCUGAUAUUAUCUGGGGAUUUUUCUUUUUGGCACACAGCAAGGCGGCACUCUCUACCUAGACUAGACACGCGAAGACAUCACAGCUCCAACAACCCCCCGAGCGAACUCUACAGGGAAUCAGCAGAACCGUCACAUUAAUUUCAGUGCGCCACAAGGAGCUUGUGUCCGUGGUUUCCAAUCUGAAGAGUGUAGAACGGUUCCUUGCAGUGUUUUGAUGUUUACUUAUCAUGAUUCUGGCGGUCAACCUCGUCGUGGUUAAGGAGCAAGGCGUCUCCUACAAUACAAAUCUCCACUCACUUGAUGAUAUGUCGACUAUUAGUUCGUAGCGGACCGAAACCCGUACCAGCCGGGGGUGUUGAUUCGCCGCCGAAGUCUGCAGGGGUCUCUCUAACCCUAGGAACCGACCUCUAGAGUGCCCAGGGGAACCGUCGAAAAGCGGCUUGCGUUCCUUAGUUC